AUGGCUCCCAGACUCUCAUUAGAGCCACCACUGCUCAAUGCAGCUUGUCCAUGGGCAUCGGACCUCUCGUUUUUGAGACCGCUGUACGCAUCGCCCUCCACCGGCGCAAUCACGACCCGCACAUCUCUUGUGGACGGAUAUCCUCACGAUGACGCCAAGAACACCUUCCUGUUCUACGACCCCUCCAACUCUUCCUCGUCCACUGGUGUCGCGCCACAGUCCUUCCCAUCUCAGCAGCCAUUGGGAAACUCUGGGUCGCUGAAUUGCUUUGGUCUCAGCCCCCACGUCCUUGCAACUUACCUCGACUGGGUUCGUACGCUUGCGGCCGAGUUUCCCAACUCUUCCAAGCCCAUUAUCGUUUCUGUGACAGGCGAGACUCCCGAGUCAAACGCCGACGCCGUGCGCAGGGUCAUUGCUUUGGCAUCUGAGGUUCACACUCCGCUCGCUGUGGAGAUUAACCUUUCAUGCCCCAACGUGCCGGGCCAUCCUCCUCCCGCCUACGACGCCAGCGAACUAGCCGCUUACCUCGGUGCUCUGCCCGCAAACCCACCUAUCCCAGUCGGUCUCAAGACCCCACCAUACACCAGUCCCUCCCAGUUCACCAUGCUCGUCAACGCUGUGGCAGCUGCUCAACCGAAGAUCUCGUUCUUGACAGGUACAAACACACUUGGCAACUGUGUCGUCCUGGACUCGGCUGGUGCGGCCAUUCUCCCCUCUGACGGUGGAUUCGGCGGACUGGCAGGACCUGCCAUUCACCCUCUCUCCCUCGGCAACGUUGUUACUCUGCGAAAGCUCCUGAACGAGGCCGGCCUGGCCGACACGGUGGACAUUAUCGGUGUGGGAGGCGUGUCUGACGCCAUGGGCUAUAAGAGAAUGAGGGCGGCAGGUGCCAAGGCUGUCGCUGUCGCGACUGCACUUGGAAAGCAGGGUGUAGCAGUGUUUGAUACUAUUCUCAAGCCCACAGCCAAGUUGUAG